CAGAAUGCAGAAUGCAGGCUGCAGGAAGCUGUAGAGUUGCAGCUGCUAGACUCACAGCAAAGCAAAUGCACUUUCCAAAUCUUACGUCCUGGCCUUUCACGGCUGGUGCACGGAUCAGGAAGCGGAAAAUGUGACCUGCUGCUGCUGCUGCUGCUGGUGAGAUGACAGAACUGGUUCCGUGAUGCACCCGGAUCUGGUAUUGUUAGAUUUUCGUCGAGGACUUUGAAGGCGAUCAAUGGAUUCCAGCAUUUCCAGAUGCUUUCUCCUGCCCGUGUGGUGGGGUCCCGGCGCUGGAGGACACCGCCAUGAUGCUUUGCAGAAAUCGUUGGUACUUUCUCACAGCAGAAAUGGGCCUUCAGCUAGGCUCGUUAUAUGGAGGAAUUAUCUGGGCUUUGACGACAGUGUUUCGAGGACGAAGCCAGGCGAUUUGAUUCGAGCCCAUCACGCCAAAAGGCAAGUUUCUGAAGUUGAUGAAAUCGAGAACGAGAAUCAGAGCUUUCUCGGUACAUUACUAGGGAAAGCUCUUGCCAGCUAUCUUAGCUCUCAGCUGGAAGACUGUGGCAAUGUAAAGGUCCACAUUGCUGGAAGUAAUCAAGAUAUCUUCCGAGGAGAGGUGAAGAAAGUAAAGAUCUCAGCAAAGCAAGCUGUGUACAAGGGCAUUUCGAUUUCAGAUGUGGAUAUGUCAGCUACUUCAAUUCGUGUCAAACUCGGUCGAAAGAGGCUUUUACAGGAUCCGGUGCAAGUGAAAGCUUCGAUUACAAUAGGGGAGGAAGAUUUCAAGUUGAGUCUUGAGAGCCCUCUGCUUUUCCAAUAUCUAGAAGAAUUCCUACCUAGACGAUUCAGCACAGCCAAAAGUUUAUCAGAAGUUGAAGUCGUCCUCCAGGAUGGAGUACUUCUCUUGAGCCUCGACAAACAGGGAAAGGAAAUUGGUCAGAAAGGUCUCUCUGAUUCAUCUUCCGCCGUAGCAUUAACGCUAAAAGUCAAGGAUGGUGGUCAAAGCAUACUCGUCAGCAACGUGAAAGAGAGGGAAUCAUCAGGUAACUAUACCGUGGCUAAUAAGUUUAGUGUCGGUUCAGAAACAAAUAUAAGAGAACUGAGAGUGGCUGACUCAAUGAUACUUAUCGAAGGAGAUUUUCUUAUCACUCCAUAAGUUCAGCGGCUGUGUUGUGAAUCAUACGCUGUCAGUUUUUUUGCCCACGUUAGUCGGAGUGUAGGACUUAUAAGGACGAAUGGAUUAGUAAUUGCUUCAACGGACCUUUUUCUUCCGUUUCGGUAAGUCGGCAGAUUGAUUGUGGGGCCUGCGAGACGAGGGAUUGCACGAGAAGUGGAGUUUUAGAAGUUAGGAGUCGAAGAACCCCGAUUGAAGAGUUGGAGAUUUUGACAAUGUUUGAAUACAUUGUCAAUACUGGUUAUAAAUGAAAUAGGAUCACAGAUUAGUCGAGGCGUGGAGGUUUAGAAAUUGGUUGUGGAAGAACCCCGACCGAAGAGUUGGAGGUUGUAACGACGUUAUAUAAUACACUCAGUAUUGGUUUAUACAAUAUAGAAUCACGGAUCGUACAUGCGCAAGAUUACAUUUUACUCAUGUCAAUCAUAACGUCCUCAUUUCGCCACUUCCACCGUCAGAAAGUGUAACCUCCCUGCCUUGCAUAAUAGGUGUGAGCAGCCAGGUCUUUUGAGCGACCUAUGUGUUAGUAAGUUCAACUUGGUGGUCUAGCCACGGAUGGAAAGAAAAUUCA